UGGACGACAGCUGUGCACGCUUUCUUCCCCCACCGGCAAAUAAACAAAAUCAAACCAACUUUUUAAGACAUCGGCACUUCGGCCUAACAUUUCUUCUCCGGCAUUUUCGUAUCUCUUUCCACUAACCGUUUCGUCGCCGGCGAUGUCACGUUUUCUAUCAAAUAGGGGAGAAACUCAACCACAAAAGAUUCAUUUCGAUGACGACACGAUUCCCGACGAUGGCGAAGUGGGUGGAAAUUUGAAGUUGAGGCUCUCCGAUAGCAAUGUGACGGAAGAUCAAGAGCCUUUUAUGGGAUUCAAAGUCCGUAGAAAAGCUUCUAUUCAUAGAGAUUAUUUGGGUGAUUAUCUUGACGUGCCUUCUCGACCUUAUCUCAUGAAGAUUCUCGAGAAGCAAGGUGACAAAAAGGUUCUAUUUGCAGACAAAGUUCUGAAGUUUACAGGCUCAGGGAAGAUGAAGCAGCGGAUUCUCCUUAUAACUGAUUUCGCCGUCUACAUUGUAGACCCAGAUUGUGGUGCACUUAAAAGGCGGAUUGCCCUGGCAGCUGUUGAGAAGCUCUGUCUAAGUGAAUUAAGUGACAAUUUCUUUGCAAUUAUUGUCCCGACUGAGUAUGAUCUGCUCAUGGCCAGUACACGGAAGACAGAAAUAGUAACAACCUUAGUAGAAGCUACCAAGAGUCAAUCUGACUAUGAACUUGAUGUUCUCUUCUCUAAUAGGUUUGAGUACAAUGCAUCUUCUGUACUCGUUAAAGAAGUUCAAUUUGAGGAAGUUGAAGGGGGUGUGAAAACAAGAAUUUUGCGGAAAUGAGCAACCCUUAGUGUGUAAUGGUCUAAGAACAUCAACUGCUCCACUAGCAUGCCUGCAAAUGUGUGUCUUGCUGUUUGACAAUGGGAGCCGGUUGUAUAAUUCAAUGUGGAAAGGUGAUCGAUUUUUACUUAUUAGAGAACAGAAAAGUAAAAGGGACAAAUUGUAUUAUUUUUAUCAUAUAAGCUAGUUUCAUUGCUCUAGCUAUGCAUGCCUGCCCAUUUAUAUAGCUUGUUGCCCUGUUGUAAAUCUUUAGAAGUUUUUUCCUUGUCAUUUAUUUUCUAUUUUUUCUUCUCCAGCUUUAUUUUGUAAUAUUGUAAAUUUCCCAAUUUAUAAGAUGAGAUUCUUUGGUGGCUA